UCCUCUCGCCAGCAAUAACAAGAGAAGAGAGGCUCCAAGUAGGGCUACAGUUUGGAAUUUAUCGUCUGUUUCUUACAAAAAAAGAGAGACAGAACGGUGCUUUGGAGUUAUUACAGACCAAGACGAAGACUAAGGCCGUGGAACAGCACAGAGAGUCCUCCUCCAGCGGCAUCAUCCUCUCGGAGCGUAGCGAUAGUAGAGUCAGUUUGAUUUUUUUGCAUUUCUUUUUUUCAUGUUUCCAACAGGUUUACCUUCCCCUAAUCCCCCACCGCCGACCCAAGAGCCAAGACCGGCAGCUUCGGAUGUCCGCAGCGAUAGCGGCUUAACGUCGCCCAAGAAGAGGAAGAUCCACAGCGCCGAGAGGGAAGACUCCGCCGCCGAGCCCGUGCCGUCCUCCCCCAAAGCCGCCUGCCAUUCCUCCUCCUCCGCGUCCUGCUCGGCCAACUCGUCGCAGCACAUCCAAAAGAAGUUGAGGUUCGAAGAGCCGCUGGAUCUCCUCGGGCUGGAUGUGAAGAUGGCCGAGGAGUCUCCCACGGCGUCCUGCUCCAAGGCUAAAAGCGCGCUGCUGGCCGCGGGGGUCGCUCACCACGCCAACGGCCUGACCAAGUCCGCCGGCUCGGCCACCUUCGCCAACAGCAAACCGGGCGCAGCCAAGAAACUUGUGAUCAAGAACUUUAAGGAAAAGCCAAAAUUACCAGAAAAUUACACACAUGAGACCUGGCAGAAGUUGAAGGAAGCAGUAGAGGCCAUACAGAACAGCACUUCAAUAAAGUACAAUCUGGAGGAGCUCUAUCAGGCUGUUGAGAAUCUGUGCUCCCAUAAGAUAUCAGCCAAGCUCUAUAAGCAGCUAAGAGUGGUCUGUGAGGACCACAUCAAGGCGCAAAUCGAUCAGUUCCGAGAGGACUCCCUAGACAGUGUGCUCUUCUUGAAGAAGAUAGAUAAAUGUUGGCAAGACCACUGCAGACAAAUGAUCAUGAUUAGGAGUAUAUUUUUGUUUUUGGACCGCACAUAUGUUUUACAAAAUUCAAUGCUGCCAUCAAUCUGGGACAUGGGAUUAGAGUUGUUUCGUUUCUACAUCAUCAGCGACUUGAAAGUGCAGAGCAAGACAAUUGAUGGGAUCCUGCUGCUUAUUGAGCGAGAGCGCAGUGGGGAGGCCAUAGACCGAAGUCUCCUGAGGAGCCUACUCAGCAUGCUUUCUGACCUGCAGAUUUAUCAAGAUUCAUUUGAGCAGCGUUUUCUGGAGGAGACAAAUCGUCUGUAUGCUGCAGAGGGCCAGAGGCUGAUGCAGGAGAGAGAGGUGCCGGAAUAUCUCCAUCAUGUCAACAAACGCUUGGAGGAGGAAGCAGACAGAGUCAUCACAUAUUUGGACCAGAGCACACAAAAACCCCUCAUCGCAACUGUGGAAAAGCAACUACUUGGUGAACACUUGACCGCAACACUUCAGAAAGGCUUGAAUCACCUCCUGGACGAGAACCGCAUUCAGGAUUUGUCUCUGCUGUAUCAGCUGUUCAGUCGUGUUCGAGGUGGAGUGCAGGUUCUCCUGCAGCACUGGAUUGAGUACAUUAAGGCCUUUGGUAGCACAAUAGUUAUCAAUCCAGAGAAAGACAAGACAAUGGUGCAGGAGCUGUUGGAUUUCAAGGAUAAGGUGGAUUCCAUCAUUGAUGUAUGCUUCAUGAAAAAUGAAAAAUUUGUUAACGCUAUGAAAGAAGCUUUUGAGACCUUCAUCAACAAGCGGCCAAACAAACCUGCAGAGCUCAUAGCAAAAUAUGUGGAUUCAAAACUUAGGGCAGGAAAUAAAGAAGCCACUGAUGAGGAACUUGAGAAGAUGCUGGACAAGAUUAUGAUCAUAUUCAGGUUCAUUUAUGGUAAAGAUGUCUUUGAGGCCUUCUAUAAGAAAGAUCUGGCAAAGAGGUUGCUGGUCGGAAAAAGUGCCUCUGUAGAUGCUGAGAAGUCAAUGCUGUCCAAACUGAAACACGAAUGUGGAGCUGCAUUUACAAGUAAAUUGGAAGGAAUGUUUAAGGACAUGGAACUUUCAAAAGACAUCAUGGUGCAAUUCAAACAGUACAUGCAAUGCCAAAAUAUCCCUGGUAACAUUGAGUUGACAGUGAACAUUCUCACUAUGGGUUAUUGGCCAACCUACGUCCCCAUGGAAGUACAUCUGCCUCCAGAGAUGGUGAGACUGCAGGAAAUCUUCAAGACGUUUUAUCUGGGGAAGCACAGUGGAAGGAAGCUACAGUGGCAGUCAACAUUAGGACAUUGUGUACUGAAAGCAGAAUUCAAGGAGGGAAAGAAAGAGCUUCAGGUGUCCCUAUUUCAAACAUUAGUCCUGCUUAUGUUUAAUGAAGGGGAAGAAUUUUGCUUGGAGGAGAUUAAACUGGCUACAGGAAUUGAGGACAGUGAACUGAGACGUACCUUGCAGUCCCUGGCCUGUGGAAAGGCACGAGUUCUCACCAAAACCCCAAAAAGCAAAGAUGUAGAAGACGGAGACAAGUUUUCUUGCAAUGAUGAUUUCAAACACAAGCUCUUCAGGAUUAAGAUCAACCAGAUCCAGAUGAAAGAGACUGUGGAAGAGCAAGCUAGCACUACAGAGAGAGUCUUCCAGGACCGGCAGUAUCAGAUUGAUGCCGCCAUUGUCCGGAUAAUGAAGAUGAGGAAGACCUUGAGCCAUAACCUCCUGGUUUCUGAGGUCUACAACCAGCUUAAGUUCCCUGUCAAGCCUGCUGAUUUAAAGAAGAGGAUAGAGUCACUCAUUGAUAGGGACUACAUGGAAAGAGAUAAGGAAAACCCCAAUCAGUACAACUAUGUGGCUUAGAGCGAGAUGGAUGAAUGGAUAGGUGGGUGGGUGGAAGGAAAGAAGAGUGGAGAAUCCUGAGAAAGAGGAGGCUGUUCUCAGUGAACAUGUGGAAUAAAAACCUUUGCUUCAGUUGAUGUUAUCUUUACCCUCUCUAACCCAGCGACCGACAACUGAAUGGAUAUUUCUCCACCAGGUCUUGUCAAGGGUAUGUUUUUCCACUGGACUGCAUGCCCAUUAGAGAAAAAUAUAUCGUUCAGUUUCAGAGCUCUUCAGUAAGAAUCGGACAAUCCCAGACACACUUUUUUUUUGCUUUCUUUCUUUUUUAUUUACUGAAAGGAAAACUGUAUUUAUUUUCAGAAUUGGUUCCAAGUCCAUUUGUUUAUGGCAUCAUUUUCUGUUUGUCACAUUUCCUUUUAAUUCACUGUGUAUCCUGUGCAAAAUGUUCUUAUCACAUGUGGGCGAAAAAAUGGAAAAAGAUUACUAAUAAAAUGAGACAUUUGUUCAGUCAGUGUUGUAUUAGGCAUCAGUAUAUAACAUUAAAAAUAAGAUUUCAUUUCACUCUUUUUAAGUGGGAGUUUAUCCACACAAAAGCAAACUUUGACAUAAGUGAACAAUUCUAGGUCACUGGCUGUUUUGAAAUGGAUGACCUUGAACAACAGAAGCAGAAUUUGAAAACUUUAAAUUGUGCCAAAAUAGAUCAAACUAAGCAUUUCUUUUGUCAUAGGAUUUAUUCAUGCUGUAACACUAACGUCAGUGCAUCCACUUUUUCAUGUUUUCCUUUCUACUCAGAUCCUUGUGUUUCUUUUUUUGUUUAUUUUUGUAUAUAUAUAUAUAUAUUACAUACACCUUGCAACCAAACUUCGACGUGGUUUUCUGGCCAUAGGCGUCAGACAAAACCAUGUUGUUAAUAACAAUGAAAAUCUUUCUUGGUUAAGGACAGGGGUUGAGCUGUGUCUGUAAAACUGGCACAUUAAGCUUAAAACAGUGAGCUUUGUUUAAAUAAAUGAAAAUUAACCCAGAUGCCCUGUUGGGUUUGUCCAGAAACCCAAUAGUUUCUAUAGAAGCACAGUGUCACACUUGCAUUAUUCUAGUGUCUCCAGGUUUAUACAUCCGUGACCUUCUGAAAUAGGCUUAUUACACUGAGAAACUCCUGUAUGGCAUCACUGGAUUAAUAGAGUUGUAUGACAAUGGUGUUUCGAUAAAUCAUGCUUAAGUGGACGGCUGUCCGGUGUCUGAAUACGUUUGCCUGUUUUUAUUGCUUCAGAUUAAACAACUGUGUUUCCAUGAUCA